CUCAGUCACUUCGAUCGAGAGAGGGAGCUAAAUAGAGAGAGAGAGAACAGACGAGGGUUUCCCGGUCGCAAAAACCCACCAUCGCUGGCGACCUCCGGCGAGUGGUGUCUCACGACCAAGGUCAUCCAAGAGAUGAGAGCGAGCGCUUCAACCCGACGUGCAUCACACGCCUAGAGGUUCAUCUCCCCAACCUCUCCAGCAUUGGUUUUUUUUAGAUCUAAUUUCUAGAUCGGGAAUCAGAGCAUUUGUUUUCUCCUUCGCCUGGUUCUAUUUUUGCCUGUCUGUGAAAACAACUACGGUCUACGGGUGACGCACGCGACGGGAAGAAGUGGACCACUGAACUGCAGCAGCAGCAGCGAAUGUAAGUAAAUCCCUUUGGGAGCUCUGGAUUUCGCUUCUCUCUGAUCUAUUUGCUUUCUAUUUUUCAGAUUUUGAGUUACAGUAGUUUGAUCAAGCUUGAAUUUGAGUUUCGAACUAGUUUGCUAGCAACCACGUUGUUGAUUUCAGUUCAUAAAUUUUGGUAUUUUCUGAUUUCAAAUUCUGAAACAUGCGUGUCAACGUUUUAGUUUCUAAAUUCUAGAAAAUUGAAAGUGUGAGCUAUUGAAAAGAACAAAAAAAGAAAGAAAAAAGAUCAAAUGUGAUAAUGGGCUAAAUUAGGGUGGAUUGAAAUAAGGCCUGGAAAAGUGGGUUACUGCCCCCCCAACCCAAAACAAAGCAUAACCCUAUGUUUGGGGUGUGCUGAGAAGCUUCAGUUCGGAAUGCUCUUUUGUUCUGCGCGCGCCACUUGGUUCUCACUUCUUCCGGUAUCAAUAUCAAUCUCCUACAAUGUUCUCAACAUUUUGAAAUCUAUAUCUUUUAAUGUUUAUGCAGAUCUUCCGGAUCCGUAUGACAGUGCGAUGAUAACUCUCUAUGAUCACGGAUCAAAGAUACACUCCAAUCUCCUAAAGGAGAUCAGUGUCUUUACGUCAUGUAAUGCAUCUUUAUUAAAGUAAUAGGGCUCGUAUAUCCCCCCGGGGGGGUUAAUCUAGCUAUAUGAGGUUGUUCGGUGUGGUGGAGUGUGUAAGAUUGGCAUGGUAUUUAUAGGUGCACAUCAAAGUCUUUUGUUAGAUAAAAAAUAUACCUCUUUCACUGAUUAAGAAUUGUUUUUAUGUGCAAAAAAUUCAAUGCUAACAUCUGGGUAUAUGUGGUGCAAAAUUACUGACUUUUUGGUUUCUUCCACUUGUAAUGGAUAACUAUGCUUCAUUCUAUUGACCAUGUUCAAUGCUUUAAGUUCGUAACAGAUGAACAUGUAUUCCACUAUGAAUUUGACACACGGAAAAAACAAUGUUCACACAAAUUCUUCUAUGUUCAAUGCUUUAAGUUCAGAGCAUGUAGUAUAUCAUUAUGUAUAUGGCCCCCAGAUGGGUACUAUAUUAUUUUGAAUUUUUUCCAUUGUAAUAGGUGCUUUCCCUUGCUGCGGAGGAUGUGAAUUUUUAAUUCACUAACAUUUUAUUACCCAAUUACAAUAUUUGUUAGGGUUUAUGUGAAAUGAACCAUAUCUUGGCGGGCCAUCAGGGUGAUCAACCAUCUUGUUGCAGCCAUGGUGGUCUGUCCUUGGAAUUCAGAUCCGAUCAUCUUUAAAGAUGGCUUAGAGAUGAUUCCUUGGAAGUAGGAAGAAAUUCAACUACGAAAAGGCUAUGAUGAAAGAUUUUCAGUAUUUUUGCUUAUUGGGGUCCUAAAAUUUGAUGAAAUGAUCUGUAUCUUGGCGGGGCUACCAUGGUGGUUUCGUCACCUUAUUUCUCUUUGGAAAAUACAAAUUUGAGCCUCUUUUAAGUAUAUUUUAUACUCCGUAUUUAAUUAAAAUUUAAAUCUAAUUUAAUAAUAUCUUUCACAAAGAGUACUCAUUAAAUAGUAAUAUUAGAUGUUGUGAACGUAGAGCAUUGAACAUAGAAGGAUUGCUUGAGUUUAGUAGCUUGGUGUUCUUGUGGAUUUUGAAAUUUUAGUAAAAAAAGAGUUUUAGGAAAAAAUUAAAAUGGGUGGUUUUUUGUGAACAUUGUCUUUUAUGUGUGUUCAGAUUAUAGUGGAAUACAUGCUCAUGUGUGUGCCUAGACUUGUUCAACGUGGGGUACCUUUAUUUUUUGGAAUGAAUAGAUGGAUUGCUUGGAGUUUAAUAGCUUGGUAUCUUUGUGGAUAUGGGAAUUUUAGUAAUUUUUUAAUUGAUGUAUAAAGGUUAACAUGGGUGAUUGUUUAUAAUUUGUCUUUUUGUGUGUCCAUUUCGUAGUAAAAUACAUGUUGUUGA